GCUUUUUGGGGGAAACCAUCGCUUCAGCCUGAGAGCCAAGUGGGCUUAGAUCAUCAUUACCCUUGGAGUACAGCUGCCUGCCAAGUUGGCAACGACCGCCCACUGGCCACUACUAGCAGUACUUACUACUGAACGCAGUCCUAACUUUGAGUGUCCGGUCGUCAAGGCUCCUUCUCAGGUUGUCAUGUUGCAUGCUUGUAGCUCCGAUAUGCCAACGUUAAAAGGGAAACUGGACAGGUAGGCACACCGUGACACCAGCAUGCCUGUGGCCAGAGUCAUGGUCUCAGUUGGGCUGUGCAGAUUGUAAGUUAAAUAUAAACUGAAAUCAUCCGAACAGUUUUCAGAAACACGAUAAGUUCGUUGCUCCGAGUCCCUAGCGUUCCCUCACUGUGCAGUUUAUGCUUGUACUAGAGGCUGGCCCUCAAGAGUCAAAACCUUCUUCUCCUCGUCUUCCGAGCUGGUCUCGCCCAUUUUCUUUUCCCAAAUGCUAGCAUCUAGAAUGCCGGGCUAUAACGCAUUGAAUGCCCUUGUGGUACGUGACGCAAGUACACUAUCCAUCAGCGAAUUUUUGGAACACCCCGACUAUCGUCAGAUUGCAUCUUUUUUUCUAGGUUGGGUUUUUGUUUGCAGUUUACUAUGCGUCGUGACCUCGCCAGUGAUGUGUCACCUAUAUCGAAAAUGCUCCAAGGCCUUCGAUGAGCGCAGGGGUCUGCAGCUAGACACUAACGGAAAUCGCGCUCUUUGGAACAAUUCUGAGAAACUUCAGGGAACACUUUUUUGGGGUGAUCGAAAUUCCACCAUACAGCCAUUGGAAGAUGAAAACUCUGCCCUUGUCUUGCUGCUUUCUCUUUGUUUCGCCUUUGCGAGCGUGGCAAACUUUUCGUCCUUGCUGUCAUUCAAUUCCGAUAGCGGUCCUUCUUCUUGCGCAUUUGUCGUUGCGUUGGGAGGCAUUUCCGCCGCCUGUGCUCGUUUCAUGGGUUUAAUCAUUUUAAAUCAUGAUCUACGUAAAUUCGAGCUGCGGCGGUGGGAAAUAUACGCGGCUUGGUCUUGGCUAGUAGUUGCCGGAGCUUUUGUGGUUGCGACAUGUGCCAUAAGCGUCGGAGCAGUCGUAUAUGUACUACAGCUCGACACGUACUUGUGCUACAGGACGAGCUACCUUCCUACCGCCGUGACUAUGUCCGUGAUGUUCGUGAUCCUAGAGCUCUACAUUAUCGGAAGACUAUUGUCUCUUAUUGCUCCGCCAUUCCUCGAGUUCAAGCACAGGAUUGGAGCGGCAACAGAUACGAGGGUACUUCGCGCACUUUCGCUCUUGCUCUUUGACCUUUUGAAUCUGGCACCCGGAUUGAAGUUGAUCGGUGUUAUUGGUGAAUUUGUUUCAUUCAGUAUAGGGGCACUUAUUGUGUUAGCGAUGUUCCGUAAACACCGAAGACAACCGAUUAUUGGCGAACCGAUACCUGUACCCAUGAGCCUUCAUGGUUCAACGGCCCGCACCAUUCACGUUUCCAUGCCUCCCAGACGCAGUGCACAGUCCCAUAUCCCUGGUCAUCCGUUCGCUGCUUCAACAGACUUCGCAACCACUCAGACCUACCGUACCUCUAUCGCGUCGUCGAUAUCAUCCAGUCUUUACAGUUACAACACUGCUGCUCGUAGCUGCCAGACUGGUACUGGUGUGGUCAGGGUUGCAUCGAGGUUAAAGUAUACCCAAUCGCGCCCCCAUUUACUUGAUCCGUCUGAGACCUCCAUUUCACUGGUUUCAAAUCAUGGUCACGAUGCACCUGCGGCAGAGUACACCAAGACCCAUUCUGGGCCACCCUCUGAUGCUGCUAGUGCCCGCCACAUCAUGCCUAAUCAGAGCGAGUACGUAAAUACCUUAGAGGGCCAUCAAGAUCCGACUACUCGUGGGGGUCUCCCGAUCAGGCCUCAAAUCAAGAUCACCACAUCGCAACCGAGGCAGCCCCCUGCGGCACUGAUGCCUCAGCCAAUAUCUACCGACUCUCUGCCGUACGGUUCCGAUAUCAUCGGGGCGGCCGGCUCUCGUGGCAAGGUGGACAUCACCAAGAGACCGUCUCAGCGUUCCCGUCGCAGUACACUGCCAUCUGACCUCAGUUUCUUGUUGCCUUUGGAGAGCGCACCGGCUUCUGUUGUUCACUUCCAUCGUAACAGUAUAGGUGCUCCUGUGACGCCCUCUGAUGAAAAGUCUUUGCGCUCAGAGGAUCGACAUGACCGGUGGUUGGCAUUUGGGCAGAGCAGUUUGUCUCCUACCAGGCGAAGGACCUUUGGUGAUCAAUCCCUUCAAUCAUUUGUUCCCCCGACAUCCCCUACGGAACAGUCGGUCACCAUUAUUCCACAUUCUUCAAAGCUGCUCACCCCGAGCCCCUUUGGAGAGCAUUCUUUCAGCAUUCUUAGUCUUGCUGCGUCCCAGCAAAAUAUUCGUAGACUUCCAUCGCUAAAGGUGCAAGAGGAAGCUGAAGAAGAUAACAGCCCCAUUGAUCCUUUCAUCCCGGUAUUUGCGACGUACCGUCGUGCCGUUCCAGCUGCCGGUGGGAUACGGAUUCGUGGACCACGUCCCCCUCCGAAGAUAUUUUCUCACUCCAACACUACACCGACAGCAAGUUCCUUUGGUGUCGCUGAAGUUCUCAGGACUAGCUAGCGGUGGGUAGGUAGAUUAACGACUCCAACAUGCUCCUUUUACGUAUCACUUUCGUCGAAGUUACUUACUCCAUUCGUGCCUUUGGCGGUACGGUAGUGCAUUUGUUACUAGCAGCAAUCCUUUAACAUUAUUACCCGGAUACCCUGGCGUGUUGCCGAAAUACAUCGCAGCGGUGCUUGGUCGCGCCCCUAUGAUAUUUCAACUGUAUAUCACUUUUCACAUGCAAUCAUAUAAAUGUUGGAGAUGCGCGCGUUCAUAGAUCUUACUCACG